CCCUGAAGACACUUCCAAUUUGGAUUCUAGUUCGAAAGCUACUUGAGAAAUGAAAAUUCUGGUGUCGCUCUUAUUUGUCGGCUGCCUCUGCAGCUGCAGCUGCAUUGGGGAUGAUGGGCAAAAGAUCACGGAGCUGCUCACCAAGAACACUGAAGAGCUAAGCGAAGCCAAUGCUCUGUUGAGCAGCAUCGACACAGUCGGUAAAAGAAUCGAAUCGAAUCUGGAAGCGCAGCGAAAGGCUCUGCAGGUCAUUGGUCUGGUCGAGCAGCUACUGGCCAAGCAAAAUGAUUUCCUGGAAGCCCAAGCCGAGGCGUUGUUGGAAACCUUCGCCAAUAGCUCGCGGCAAGGCCAUGAGUAUGCAAAGCGAACGCAACAGGAACUGCAUGAUCUGACCAGGCUGCAGGAGGGAACCAAGCACUUGAUCCUCCACCUGGAGGCCAAGCUAGACGCCUACCAAAAGCACCUAAUCCAAAGCGCCCGAGGCAUAGACCGCAGCAUCGACGGCCUCACCAAGCUGGUCACGCGCUCUGUUCUACCCCAGCUCAAUGGACUGCAGUGCUCAUUCGACAGCCUGGAGACGGCGCAGAUCAACAUUGAAGUGGAGCUGAAGAGCCUGUCCGGUGUGAAGGAGUUGAGCGAAGACACCAACAAUAAAUUGGGCAUCCUCGAUCACCAGCUCAAGCACUUCAAUCGCACUCAGGAGGCUCGUCUUGAAGCACUCACCAGCGCAGUCAGGCAUCUGCGGCCAUUGAACACGAGGCACAUCGAAGCUGCUCUGCGCGAUCUGAUCAUAUCCCAGAAGCGCAUCGAACUGGAUGUGGAGAAUUGCGGCAAGCACUCCCACCAGCAUAAUCCUCGACCUGAAUCGCACUCCCCGAGCUAUGGACCCACUGAGCAUCAGCAUCCACAUCACGCUCCUCAGCCUGAGUCCCACUACAGCAGCUACACCCACCAGCAGCACGGAUCACAGCAGGAGUCCCAUCACCAGGGUUAUGGAAACAUUGCACCACAGCCGCACCAUCACGAGCAACAACAUUACCAGCAGCAGGCGAGUGCCAAGCCCGUGGAUGUGGUUCAAGUUUGGAGUAUUAAGGAGCCACAGAAGCAUGGCGAGCGACCCGAAAACCAUCGUGUGAGCGCCUAUGCCGAGUCACCGGAACCCAAGGCAAAGCACGCAUCGUGGUCGGAGACGCACCAGAGCAGUGGGCCCGUGUCUGCCCACUCGGUGUCCUGGCAACAACCUCUGCCCUGGGAGGAGGCAUCUCCCUACCAAUCCGCACCAUCUCCGAAUCAUCCCCACGAACAUCCUCACAGGCCUGUACCUCUGCCGCUGCCCCAGAAACCAUGCCAGAAGGGACAUUCAAAAACAUCCCCACAGUCCUAUAAACCGCAGCAGGUCUCUGUCUCUGGCCAUGAACACGUUGCCCAGCCGGGCGAGUCCUACAGAAUCUGGUAUGCCGAUGAUUCCAUAAAAGAUGCUUACUAAAGGAAUUUGAAAGUGGAACUAAAUAGAUCUCCUCGAGUAGGAAAUUAGCAAAUUGAUUAACUGAUUAAACUCUAAAUAAAUAAA